GCCAGUAUUUGUGCGGGGCCCAGGCGCCGUGCCGCUGCGGAGCUGUGGUUACGGUCUCCCGAGCCCAGCCGCUCUCUGUGGCGGGGGACAGCCAGCCGGGGUCUUACUUUAGGAGCCUUCCCAUGGCUUCCCAGGAAAGGGUGGAGGCAGUGACCAAAGGAACAGAGUUCUGGCGCGGCCCCAAGCCGGGCACUUACACCCCGGGGACCUGCGAGCUGCUCAGAGUGAUGAUGAAGGAAUCCAAGCUGACUAACUUCCAACAGCGCCACAUCAUGGACACCAUGAAAAGAGGAGACACUCUGCCCCUACGGUGCAGCCCAACAUCCAGCCAGAGGAUCUUGCCUUCCAAACAGCCAGCCUCAGCCAUCUACCUGCCUCCCAUCCUGGCGGCCCGGCCCCACCUCCGGCCUGCCAGCUUGUGCCAAGCCCGCGGGGCCUACAGCCGGGAACCAUUCAGGCCUCAAGCCCCCCGAGAUCUGGAGAAGGAGAAGCGAAGACUCCAAAAUAUUUUUGCCACUGGGAAGGACUCAGAGGAACGGAAAAGAAAGCCCCCUCCGGUGCAACAGGAGGACUCGGCCCCUGAGCCGGACCGCUUUGAAGAAUUGGUAAAGGAAAUCCAGGAGAGGAAAGAAUUCCUGGCCGGCAUGGAGGCACUGGGGCAGGGCAGACAGUACCGAGGGAUCAUCCUUGCUGAGAUCUCCCAGAAGCUACGGGAAAUGGAAGACAUUGACCGCAAGAGAAGUGAGGACCUUGGGAAGGCUCUUGCCACCCCUUGAUCUGUCUCCAGAGACAGG